AUGUCACAGCAGAAGCAACAAUCUUGGGGGCCUUCACAGGCUCCCAAGUGCUCUCCUCCCCAAGACUCACACCCCUCCCUGGCUCCCUGCUCUCGCCCUUGCUGUGCCCCCUGUUCAGGAGGCUGUGGCUCUGGUUCCCAAAGCUCCCGGACUCAGAGCCAGACUGGUGCUCGGAGGGCUAGCCGAGAGCCCCGCUGCCUCAGGGGUGGCACAGUCUACCACAUUAAAGAGGAGGAGUGCUGAGGAAACACCUUCAGGCCCCUAGCACUUAACAGAUGCAAGUAG